AUGGCGCCGGACGAGGUGGCGCAUUUGAAGCAUUAUGGUGGCAAGCAGUCUCGAUCUUACAACGUCCUCAUGCUCUUCAUCGUGGCUAGCGGAUCGAUCACAGUCGGGUAUGCGAACGCUGUCAUCUCGACCGUGCUGGCGCAACCUUCAUUCGUGGCUACCUUCAACUUGGCUACUCGCCCCGAUGCUAAUCAAGUGGUUGCCUUGGUAAUUUCAAUGUACUUUCUUGGAGGCUUCAUUGGCUCGUUGACUUCCUUUUACCUCUCCGACCGAUACGGGAGGGAGACGAUGGGGCUUUACUGGCUGGUAGUGUUGGCAUCAGCAUGUUUUAUCACCUUCCGCUUCUUCUCUGGUGUUUGGGCGUUCAUGCUGAUCGCAGCGGUCCCGAUCUGGAUGUGCGAAGUGGCUCCACCAAGUAUACGUGGUACCCUGGUCGAAGUCCACAAUGUCGGCUUAAUGCUGGAGUAUAUUGUCGCGACUUGGGCUGGUUACGGGUCCUCCCACAUCACCACCAGUGCUAACAAUGCAUGGCGGGCGCAGUUUGCGCUUCUUUGCUUACCGGCUCUUCUGAUGGUUUCAGGGCUCUACUGGGUUCCCGAAUCGCCGCGCUGGUUGAUCCUUCAGGACUCCGCCACCGAAGCUGAGAUCAUUCUGCACAGAUUGCACCCAGCUGAGGAAGCGCGGGUUGAGUUGAUCCAGAUCCAGCGGCAGAUUGAGCUCGAUCGAACUCUUGAGACAUCGUUCUUGUCCAUGUUCACUAAGCCUUCGUACCGUCGACGCUGCAUUACUGGGUUCGGAAUCGCUUGUGCGGUCCAAAUGUGUGGACCUCUGGUCAUUAACAAUUACGCUACUAGAAUUCAUGUAGUGUUAGGAUUCCCAGUGAAGAAGCAGCUUGAAGUUCUCGGAGGAUUUGUUACUUCGACUAUCAUUGGGGCUGGCGCAGGCCUGUACCUGAUCCAAAAGCUCUCUCGCCCGUACCUGAUCGCUGGUGGUCUAUUUGGUCGCGCCGCCUGCUUAGCUGGCUGA